ACCCACCCACCUCUUCUCACUUUAAUCACACCAAUGCUGCCCAUUGCCAAUGGGUUUCAGAAAUCAAUUCCAGAAUGGAGGCAUCACUGAUAUGACUGGCCAACGCCUUUAUGGCAUCCUAUGUUUCUUCAGUAAUGAGAACAUGAUGCAGUCGUGCGUCUAUACAUUGGUGAGAGUUACAGCAGAACUCAGUGCCACCACACCACAGGUACUGGGUGAUGUAUUCGGGUUCUUUAGAGGGGGUAUAGGAGAGAAGGAACAGGAGGAUAGUAAGAAGUGCAAUCACGAUAAGGACCCUAAGGAAUCGAAAAACAACGGUGACUAUUUCUGCGGCUGGUGUGCCUCUGGGUUACGGGAUGAAGUAAAAAGCAUCCAGUGGAUAGAAAAGGGUAAUGAAAGUGAUGGAGGGAAGUACAGGGAGAGUGUCGGUGAAGCGCUGAGAGAUAUUAAAGGCGAUAAGGGUACUGGCGGUGCCAUUCCAUAUCUCAGUGCUAAUACCACCCCUAGUAACCUCUCAACACUCACUGACAGCAACCACUACGUAUCCCCCCUAACCGGUGAGCUUUAUACCGCAGUGAAUAUUAUUAAGUACUAUUUGUACUACCGGAAACACCCUGCUAUAAUUGAUGGCCCAACUUUGGGUAGCCCAAUAUGAACUGGAAUGGUCACUGUGGAAGUAUCAUAUAUGAGUUGUAUGUUUUAGCUAGUAGUGAUAAGAAAUAAUUGACGUUAUA